AUGUUAUACUCCAAAUACAAUCAGCUCCUCACCAGACGCCCUCUCUUGACCAAUAUCAUCACCACCGGGGCGCUUUUCGGGACCGGUGACUACUUGGCUCAGAAAAUCUCCAAUGGGAAGUUCGAUUCCGCCAGAUUAGCCAGAGCAAUGGUCUAUGGUUCAAUCUUUUUUGCUCCAAUUGGUACCAAAUGGUAUAAAACAUUACCCAAGUUCAAAUUCCCCGGCUACAAUAACUCUUUCCUCAAUACCUUGACUAGGGUCGGGGUGGAUCAGUUGGUGUUUGCUCCAAUUGCAAUUCCAACUUACUACUCGGUUAUGACCGUGCUAGAAAACCCUCCCAACCUCUUACCCACCAUCAAGUCAAAGCUAAAUGAUAACUGGCUCAACACUUUGCAAACAAACUGGUUGGUUUGGCCAGUGGUCCAGUUGGUCAAUUUCUCCCUAAUCCCGCUCAGAUUCCAGCUCUUGUUCGUGAAUCUCGUCAGCAUCGGCUGGAACUGCUACUUAAGCAUGGCCCUCAACUCAUCCAGUCACUUGGCCGACUCUGAAGACCAGAUAUUGAUAUAG